AUGAAACUUCCUUCUGGUCAUCCUCAAUACAGUGACCCCGAGUUGGUAUGCAAAUUGCAUAAAUCCAUUUACGAAUUAAAACAAUCUCCUCGUGCUUGGUAUUCAAAGUUGAGCUCAGUUCUUGAAAAAGUUGGCUUCAAGAGAAGCAAUGCAGAUUCAUCUCUCUUUGUUCGAAUUUGUCCCAGUGAAACCCUAGUAGUUCUUAUUUAUGUGGACGAUCUCAUUGUCACUGGUGAUAAAGCCAGUGAAAUUGUGUUACUAAAGAACACCCUCAAGAAGAAGUUUGCCAUCAAAGAUCUUGGGACACUCAAAUAUUUCCUUGGCAUUGAAAUGGCAACUUCUAAGAAGGGAAUGUUUUUGAAUCAACGGAAGUAUAUUCUCGAUUUGCUUCAAGAAGCUGAUAUGUUGGAUUGCAAGCCUGCCUCUACACCCCUUGACUACAAACACAAAAUGACCAUGGAUGAAGAAACACUCACUGAUAUCAGUUACUACCAAAGGUUAGUUGGGAGGCUUAUUUAUCUUACAAUAACAAGGCCGGACCUUGCCUUUGUUGUCAGCCUUGGGAGUCAAUUUAUGCAUUCUCCAACAAUGGAUCAUUUGCAAGUUGUUAAGAGAAUAUUGCGAUACUUGAAAGGUUAUGUGGGACGUGGUCUUUUGAUGCAAAACAAUGUUCACACUCACAUUCUUGGUUACACUGACGCGGACUGGGCAUGCAACUCCUUGGAUCGCAAGUCAACUACUGGUUUCUGUAUUUUUGUUGGAGGUAAUAUGGUUCAAUCAAAUAUCAUACAAACUCGUUACACUCCGAGUUCUUGUCAGUUUGCUGAUCUCUUCACCAAGCCAUUGGCGACUGCCGUGUUUCAAGGUCCUUUGUCCAAGCUUGGAUCAAUCAAUCUCCUCGAUCCAAGCUUGAGGGGGAGUGUUGAAAUAGAUCAAAGUCACAAGUAUGGGUUGUAA